AUGUCUUUCCUAGCCAUUGAGGGUUACCAUGCGUUUGUGACCGGGGCGCAAGGCGGAAUCGGGAGGACCAUUGUGCAAGAGCUACGAGCCAAUGGAUGCAAAGUCACGGCUCACGAUCUCAAGCCCGCACCGACUUCUGAGGACGCCGACACCUUCAAUGUCUCAGGCGACAUAUCAAACGAGGAAUCCAUCUCGAAAGCCAUGCAGUCGGCGGUGGAACGGUUUGGACCUAUCAACAUUCUCGUGGCCAACGCAGGUAUCACCAACGAGGCCAGCCACCCAAACAUCUGGGAGCUGCCGCUCGAGACUUGGGAGAAGGUGUACCGUGUCAACGUUCGAGGCUGCUUCCUCACAAUCAAGCACUUCAUUCGAGCCGCCAUCCGCGCACAGGAGCAGAACGGUGGCAAGGAGCUGGAGAACCUGUCCAUUAUCGUAACGGGCAGUGAAUGCGGCAAAUUCGGCCAAGCAGGUCACUCAGAGUAUGCAAGCGGGAAAGCAGGCCUACAGUACGGACUGGUGCCUACUGUUAAGAACGAGAUCGUGCGCAUCAACUCGAAGGCGCGGAUCAAUGCUGUUGCGCCUGGGUGGGUGAACACAGAGCUGAUUGGGGAGCGACUGGACGAUCCAAGGGAGCUGUACUUUGAGGGUCAGGGGACUGUCGCUCUCAGGAAGAUCGCGAGGCCAGAGGAUGUGGCGACAGCUGUAUGCUUUCUUGCCAGUCAUCGGGCGAGCGGACAUACAAGUGGGCAGGUCAUUAGUGUUGACGGCGGCAUGGAGGGUAGGGUGGUCUGGAGAGAGGAAGAGCUACCCGACUCUCGACCCUUUUACAUAUACCAUCACCACAUAUCAAUCAUGUCUCAAACAAGCCCCCGGGCCAAGAUCAACAUCGCACUCGGCAUCGACUUUGAUGCCAUCUCUGGUUGGCUAGGGACCGGCGCCCAUCCCAACAACACAACAUCAGAUUACUCUGCUGGCUACUUCAGUGCGCAUGUCGGCGUGCCUCGCCUGCUGGCCCUCUUCGAUCGCCUUCAAAUCUCCGACAAGGUCACCUGGUGCAUACCUGGACACUCGAUCGAGACCUUCCCAUCCCAGACCCGUGCUAUUGUUGCCUCGGGUGCCGAGAUAGCCCUGCAUGGUUACGCCCACGAGAGUGCCCGCCAGAUGACAGGACAGCAGGAACGUGACGUGCUGGAGAAGUGCAUCUCUCUUGUCGAAGGCCUUACAGGAAAGAGGCCGCGAGGAUAUCGGGCACCGCUGUAUCAACUAUCGGAACGAACCAUCUCACUUCUACAAGAAUACGACUUCCUCUGGGACUCCUCACUCUCACACUACGACAGCGUACCGUAUUUUCUCCCCAAAGAUCCCAUGCCAAUCAAGCCAAUCGACUUUCGACCAGACGCCAAAGCCGAGGAGUGGAUGCACCCUUCGCCGAACUUCAACGACUUGCCCAAGAGCGGCUUGAUCGAAAUCCCCUGCAACUGGUAUGCCGAGGACAUGACGCCUCUGCAGUUCUUCCCCAACACUCCCAAUUCGGCAGGGUAUGUAGACGUUAGGGUAGUGGAGAGGAUGUGGAUGGAUAGGUUUGAGUGGCUCAGAAAGGAGAUGGUAAUGGGGACCAGGAAGGAUGAGGUGAUAGUGUACAGCCUGGUGAUCCACCCUGACACCAGUGGGAUGGCGCAUGUGAUAGGGAUGUUGGAGAGGUUCUUGGAGUGGUUACGAGCAUUCGGCGAGGAGGUGGAGUUCAAACGAUACGAAGACAUCGCAGAGGAGUGGAGGGCAACGCGCGGAGGUGAGAAGUAA